CCAUUCAGUUGAGUUUAGUUGAGUCUCAGUCAAAACACAACCAACUGCGAUUUGGUGGCACAUUCGUUCGAUGGCAACGGUUUGGAUAACAGGCGCGCGCUUUGUUUUAUUAUCCCACAUUAUCAGCGGCAUUAUUGUUAUUGGCAUUGUACGCUCAAUUUUAAUGUUGUAUGGCCCGCGCGCUCUGAAAUCGCAGUCGCCUUCGUAUCUGUAGUCCAGUGGCCAGUGAAUAUCUGAAUUUGAAUUUGAAUUUCAAUUUGAAUCUCAAUUUCGAAGCGUAUCAGAAGCGUCAGUUGAACGUGAAGCGCGCGCUCGUCGCCGUCGUCGGUCGUUUCGGUCAGCGCUAAUAACAAUAAUAAUUAUAAUAACAAUAACAACAAUAAUAAUAGUAAUAAUAAUAAUAAUAAUAAUAAUAAUAAUAGUUUGUAAUAACAAUAAUGAUAAUGCUAUGAAUGUUAAACGAGUCAUUGAAUUCAAAAUGAUUCAAUAGGCGCCACUUCGAAUACUUCAAAUCAAUAUUUACUCAUUUACACCCAACAAAUAUUAUAUAUAUGGUGCCCAGUGUCAAGUUAAUUAAACACGCGUGCAAUUGGAAAAACGAAACCAAAAUCAAGUAUACGAAACUUUAAUGCAACACAAUUAAUUUAAACAUACAAAUAUUUUAUAGAAUUUUAUAACUGAUGCGAGCCGGCAAAAGUGCAAUACAAAUUAAAAAAAAAUAAUAAUAAUUUCAAAAAUUCCAAAUUAUUUGGAAAACUAUUGUAAAACUUAAAUACAUUGCAAAAAUAAUAAAAAUCAAAAAAGAAAACUUGAAACCAAAAUAUAUUAAUAAAUUAAAAAUAAUAUUAACUUAUUUAAAUACUAUUGCUUAGGCAAUGCCCAUUGUGCAAUUGAGCGCAAUUGAGUGCUAAAUUUUGUAUACGAGUGCCGUGUGCCGCGUGCAGUUACUUUUAGUAGCUGCUGUAGCUGCCAGUUAACCGCCAAAAUUCUCACCGCCAACAACAGCCACAACAUGAACUCCUACUUUGAGCAGGCCUCCGGCUUCUAUGGCCAUCCGCACCAAGCGACGGGCAUGACAAUGGGCACGGGUGGCCAUCACGAUCAGACAACGGCCAGCGCUGCGGCGGCCGCCUACAGAGGCUUCCCGCUAUCGCUGGGCAUGUCUCCCUACGCCAACCAUCAUCUGCAGCGCACCACACAGGACUCGCCGUACGAUGCGAGCAUCACGGCUGCCUGCAACAAGAUCUACGGGGAUGCAGGCAGUGCCUACAAACAGGAUUGCCUUAACAUCAAGGCGGACGCUGUCAACGGCUACAAGGACAUUUGGAACACGGGUGGUGCCAAUGGCGGGGGCGGAGGUGGCGGUGGCGGCGGUGCCACCGCUGGGAACACCUCAAAUGGCUCUAAUGCGCCCAACGCUGCAAAUGGACAGAAUAAUGCGGGCGGUGGCAUGCCCGUUCGCCCAUCCGCCUGCACGCCCGACUCUCGCGUCGGCGGCUACUUGGACACAUCGGGCGGCAGCCCCGUUAGCCAUCGCGGCGGCGGCAGCGCUGGCGGCGGCAAUGGCACCGCCGGCGGCGUACCACAGAAUACAGCCAGCGGCGUGGGCGGCGGUGUGGGCGCGGGCACAGCCUGGAAUGCCAAUUGCACCAUCUCGGGCGCUGCGGCGGCCCAAACAGCGGCCGCCAGCAGUUUACACCAGGCCAGCAAUCACACCUUCUACCCCUGGAUGGCAAUCGCAGGUGAGUCCACAGCAGAUCCAAGCAAAAGUAAGAUAAGAUCUGAUUUAACACAAUACGGCGGCAUAUCAACAGACAUGGGUAAGAGAUACUCAGAAUCUCUUGCGGGAUCACUUCUUCCAGACUGGCUAGGCACAAAUGGUCUGAGGAGACGCGGCCGACAGACAUACACCCGCUACCAGACGCUCGAGCUGGAGAAGGAGUUCCACACGAAUCACUAUCUGACACGCAGACGGAGAAUCGAGAUGGCGCACGCGCUGUGCUUGACGGAGCGACAGAUCAAGAUCUGGUUCCAGAAUCGACGAAUGAAAUUGAAAAAGGAGAUUCAGGCGAUCAAGGAGCUCAACGAGCAGGAGAAACAGGCGCAGGCGCAGAAGGCAGCGGCGGCAGCGGCCGCGGCGGCCGCCGUCCAGGGCGGGCAUUUAGAUCAGAAUUAGAAUCAAUUCAGCAAAAACAAAACAACAAAAUGAAAAUUAUUGUAACAAAUAAACCCUUUACUUAACUUAAAUUAAUAAUUGCAUAUAUAAAUUAAUAAUAUUGAUAUUGUAUGGUACCAUAAAAGAACUAUUUCAAAUUGUUUGAAAACCAACCGAAAAUACGUAAAGCGAACAGCAACAAAAAUUACAAAUAAAUUUCGUAGACUCUAAGAAAAUGAAAAACUCUAAAAGUAGUUGACAGAACACAGAUCUACUUACCUAGAUACAUACAUACAUACAUACGUAAAUUUAUGCAUACGAAUACAAAAUACAAAUUUUCAUUUAAAGUUCCACUAGAAACGAUCUUCGUAAACUAUUUAAAAAUUGUUUGCCCGCGUAAGAUUUAUGUUUUAAAAACGAGCAAAAUUCAUUUUUCAAAAAUUCUGUUCAAAUGUUGUUUACCGCCAAUGUCGCUCCGCAACCCACACCCUGCCCCGACCUGACCCACACAAAAAAACCCCUUUGUUGCUUACUGCUAUGUUUAAAUUAUUUUGUUCGAAUAAAGUUACAAAUAAAAAAUUAAAAAAAAAAAAAUACUCAUAUAAAAUGUUAAAAGGUAAAAUUUAAAUUCUGUUGAUAUGAAUUUUUGUAAGGCGCGUUUUUAAACCAAUUAAAAACAAAACAAAAAAAGGAAAAAACAAAAACAAAUAUUACUUAAAAACAAAACUAUUGAAAAUUUAACUUAAAUAUAAAUAGAAUUUGUUAGCAAAGUAAAAGUAUAUUACAAAAACAAAAGGAGAAUAAUAGAAAACUAAAAAAACAAAAAACAAAAAAAAAAAGAAUUAUUAUAAUACAAAAACGUGUAUAGUUCGUGCUUAAACUUAAUGCAAUUUUAGUUAACUCUGUUUAAUUUUAAAUUAAUUUGUUUAGUUUUCGUCUUAGGCUUUUUAAGCGUGCAACAAAAACAACACCACACAACAUAAACAACAACUACAACAACAAAAACAACAACCAGAAACGUGAAGCUGUUUUCUUUAAGUAAUUUUUAAAGUUUUUUAAACUAAAUUAAAUCCUAUUUUUAUUAUGUUUAGUUUAAUGAAAAGCGUUUAUGAGAUUAUCUGACAACAACAUGCAGAAAAACAAAAACUUUGCCUCGGCAAAACGAAUAAAUUAUUGGUUUUGAAAAAAUCUAAAACAAAAAAAAAAAAAAACAAACGAAAAAUUAAAGAAAAACGAAUGAAUUAAUUGUGUUAUUAUUUUAGUUACGAUUUUUGUUGUUUCGUUUUGUCUUCAUAUAAAAUAAGAGCUUAGAGUUCUUCCCGAAAUCGGCGGGUCGCACUUGCGAUCCGCUUUUGUUGCGCAUGCGAAAUUGCUUUUGAUCUCGUUUCGUUAAAUGUACGUAAGUUGAAUGCUAUAAUAGAGAUGAUAACCAUACCGAUAACGUUAUCGUUAUCGAUAGCUAUCGAUAUCUUUCGGCCAAGCAGCGAGCUGUGCUCGAUGCGAUCUCCGAGUUGAUAUUCUUUUCAGUUCGAUUCACUUAAGGGCUAACCAAGCAACCUUCACAUGAUGUAUACGUAACUAGCGCAUAAGGUUCAACAGAUAAAUAUAUAUAUAUAUAUACAUAUACAUAAAUCUCAAUAUAUAUAUACAUAUAUAUAUAUAUUUAUAUUUAUGUAUUUUACAUGAAAAUCAAGUAUAAAUGAACAACAAUAAGAGAAUAUUCGCAACAGACGAAAGUACGUAAGAGAUAAGUUAAAUGUUAUAGAUUUUAAAUGCAAACAAAAUGAAACAUAUACGUAAACGAAAAAACAAAGAAGCGUGGAGUACGUGGCUAAGAGAGCUGCCCUCCCCCUAAACAAAAAAAAAGAAGCUAAAAAUACAAUAUUUAAUGAUUUCAAUGUGAAUGAUUGUCGUAGCAACGGAUAUACGUAAAAAUGAAACGGAGCGCGUCGGCGUUAGAAUUUAUUGCAUUCUACAAACUUACCUACUACUUACUUAUGUAAUACAUAUGUAUGUGUAUAUGUGCAUGUGUGCGUACGUGUAUUAAUAAAAGGCUACAUUACGAUUAUUGUACA